UUUUGUCAGUUCAGGCUUGUGUUUCUUUUCUUGUCCUUGUUUUUCAAAUGAAAUCUCAAAAAAUAACAUUUGGACUUGUUCCAAAACUUUUCUGUUUAUAACAGCCGGUUUAUUAAUCCCAUAUUCGACGAAGUUUCUUUGUUUUGAGUGUAUUUUAGUUUUAUUGAAACGCAAAGUGGCGUCUGUAAUCAUUUAACAUUUGAUUGUUAUUUAUUAUAAAAUGGGAAGUUUGAAAGCUGAUGAUGAUGAUAAAAAGGAGUUUGAUGAUAGCGGGUACGUUCAGGAUGAGGGCCCCCACAAGUCGUCCCUGGAGGAAGGGAAGCACAUUUCACUUCUGGACUUGUCGGAUGAUGUGCUGCUUUGUAUACUGCGCUACUGUGAGGCCUUUGACCUGAAAGCACUGGGCUUCACGUGCACUCGCCUAGCGUCUCUGAUCCGGGAUCGCUCGCUGUGGCAGGAUGUGGACGCGCGCGGAGCCCCGUGCGGCCGGCGGAGGCUCCGCUGGCUGCUCGCUCACGCCCUGCACGCGGGCACCACACGGCUCAAGAUUAAAGGGUUCGCUGAACAAUUCAAGGGUUGUCAAGGACACGUGAAUCAUCCGCGGAAGGAAACGGAAGUUAAGUCCGGGGAGAAGGCGGACGAAGCCGGGACAUCGGGACGGAGUGCCCCGCCACCGCGGACUUGGCCCAGCCGGGAGUUUCACUUAUAUCAAUUACCGAGGCCCAGCGUGUCCCCGUCUUGGCCCGACGAGGAUAUGCCCCGGUCUCAUAGGCCGUCCCCGGACACCGCCUGCCCCGGUCCCGUGUUCCCUUUGUCGCCGUGUCUCCUACGACAAGCGUCGCUGCAGUGCUCGCUUACGGAAUUGGCGAUCGAGUAUUGCGAUAUUAACUGUAGCAAUAUUUCUCUGAGCCACUUCCCACCGCGCCUGACAAGUUUGUCUCUGCGCGGCACCAAGUGUUACAACAUGCCGCUGGACAAGUCCUUCCUGUUCAAGAUACAGAAUGUGUUGCCCGACUUGGAGGAGUUGGACGUGUCGGAGUGCGGCUGGCUGGAGGCGGCGUGCCUGCUGCCGCUGAGCAAGCUGCGCGCGCUGCGCCGCCUGCGCGCCGCCCGCUGCGCGCGCCUCGCCGAGUGCGUCGCGUACGCCUCGCUCGCCGCGCGCUACGGCUUCCGCGCGCUGCAGGUGUUCGACUUGCGCGGCUCCCCGCUGGGCGACUCGGAGGCGACGGCGCUGGGCUGGCUGCCGCGGCUCGAGGAGCUGUACCUGUCGUCGGCGCGGGAGACGUGCGCGGCGCCGCACGCGCACCACGCGGGCGACACGCUGCCGCCCGCCGCAGAACUACACGGCUGGGAGGCACAGGAACCGGAAUACUUCAAGUACAUAUUGAAACGUCCUAAGGGCAAAAGGGGCGUUAAACCGGACGAGCAAUGCUUCCACGGUUUGCCCUUCAACCAAUGUACGGAUGGCUUCGAACAAGAAACCACUAAGAAGUCUACUCGCGAUCUGAAACGCACAGCGCAAAUAACAGAAGAGCCCGGGCCUUCCAAGAGGAGGCGCUCACUGACAGACUCCUCAUGGGACUCCGAUGAAGAACAAUUCGAAAAUAGUGAUGAAAACGGUGAUGAAACGAAAUCAAGUGAAUGUGAUGGUGGUGAUGUGAAAACUGGACAGUUUAAUAAUGAUUUGGGUGAUGGAGCUGUGAAUUCUGAUGGCAACGGUGAAGCUAAUGUAGUUAGAGAAGAUGUAGUUCUGAACGGAGAUCUUAAUGAACAAAGAAGUAACAACGGCCAAGUUGAAGUGAAUAUAAUUGAGGCUAACCUCAGAAAUGGUAAUGUGAAUGAUAACAUUGAAGUGAGACCGCUUGCUCAUGUUCUUUUUGUGAAUGUUGGACACCAAUUGAGACCGGUUUGUAGGUUGGCUGCACCUAAUGAAGUCAACGGUGAUGACUUGAGAAGAUGGCCUCUGGAACAAUUGUCGUUCUUAAAUCAACAAACAACGAACAAUCAUGACUUGAUAACUGACUCGGCUAUACGCAGCUUCGGUCAUUCGGAUGAUGAUAAUAUAAAUGUGUUCCACAUAGGCGGUCCGCCUAACCCGCAGAAUUCUAGACCGAACAAGUCCAAUUUGAGAAUUUUGUCCGUAGUUGGAUAUAAGAAUAUAACGGAUAGGAGUUUGGUGCAUUUGAGAACGUCCGCUCCUAAUUUGGAAGUGAUAGAUUUUAGCCGUACUGGUGUUACUGAAAAUGGGGUGAACAUGUUUAAACUAAGCAGGCCGGAGGUGGAGGUUAAGUAUAGUGCGUUUGUUGAACAAUAGCCUUUAGGAUUCAUACAGUUAAAAAUAGGGAAUAGGCUUGUAUCAGAGAUUUUGUUUGUAAACGCGGGUCCUACUUUUUUUUGGUCGGUAAUUUGACUUUAAAAAGGAGGAUAUUAUGAAACGCCUUGACCUAAUAAAUAUACAGGGUUGUCAAUAAAAUGUCAAAAUUGUAAGACUUGGUAGCUAAGGUCAUAAACAACAACAUUUGUUCUAUGAUUUAUGGUAAUUUGUUAAAUUUACAGUUAUACAUAAAUAAAUAUCUACUUAAUUAUA